AUGAGGGGGAAUAAACCUCCUCAACCUCUACAAGAGGACGCUAUUUUCAAGGGUCUGGAUCCUGCGGUUCAGGAGUUCUUGAAUUGGAAGAUCAAGAAAAUGAACGAAGUUAUGAAACACAAAUCCAAAAGCUUCCAAGAAAUCAUAGAAAACAAACUGAUGGAGAUCCAGACGCUGAAGGCAACACUGGCGAAGUUAAAGAGCGAUCAGGAGCAGGCGGCGAGAGCGCGAGACACGCCCAGUCUCGAGCUCAAAGCUCUCAAAACUGAACUCCUGCGACACAAGUCCAAGAACGAGACGCUGCAGAAGGAAAGUGCCGAAGCCCGUGCUCUCGUCAAGAAGCACAAGAAAGACUGCGAGAAAUCAGACAAGAAAGUCUUGGAGCUGAAGGCCAUGUACGCGGAACAGAAGGACAAGUACGAGAAACAGCUGUCAGAACAGGCCAACGCUCAGGCCAAGAGAGUGGACGAACUUAAGAAACUGAACAAGGGAUUGAAAGAGGACCUGAGCCUUCAGAGCAGAGACUGGGAGAAGAACAAAAACAGUUUGUCUGCAACUGUAGCUGAAAAAAAUAGCAAGAUCGCUGAACUGUCGGCUCAGCUUAAAGAGUAUCAGGAUAAGACGAGAAAGUUUGAUGACAACACCAAAAAGAGAGACUCGAUUCUAGACGCGAUGGAGUUUUUGUACCACAUAGACGUGGACGACUUGCGCAAAGACAACUGCAACUUAAACGACGAGGUGAACUCUCUCUCUGUCGACAUCGCGGAAAGAGAGAAAGAGAUCGCUAAGUUGAAAGAUGAGAAAAGAUUCAUACGCAAAACCCUGCGCGAGAAAGACCACGAGCUCUUUGUGCGCGACAAGGAAAGUAAGCUGACAAGCAAGGUUCUGAACACAGAGGAAACCAAAGGCGUCAUGCUGGAAACCAAGCGCAAAAACGACAUUAGUACAAUCCAGAAUCUGCAAAGUGAGAAAAGCAAACUGGAGGAGCAGCUGAAGAAGACUAAAGCUGAGCUGCAGGCGACACGGCAGCAGUACAACGGCGCCAGCUACAAGAUCAGAAGUCUCAGACAUCAAGUCAAAUCGUGCGAACCGACGAUCGCAGAAGAGAAAGACCGCUUUGUGCUCUUGGAGAAGAAGUUAGGUGCGGUUAUGGGGAGUUUGAGCGGUUGUAAAGACGUACUGGAAGAGCCCAGACAGCUCAAGACCAAAGUGGAAGCCAUGAUCGCCCAGUUUCUCCAAGGACACAACGCGCCACCGGAGAAAGAGACAGCAAUUCUGCAAGUUAUGCUGAAAAACAACAUUCUCCGCUCCCAGAGAACCAUGAACCAUUACCGCGCAGAGACCGAGAGAAACAACGCCAUCAUGAGUAAUAGACUGGCCAUGGUGGAAAAGUCCAGGGAUCAACUGGUUCCCAUCGUGAACGCGCAGAGGAUGGAGAUUCUAAAGACCAAGAAGAAGGAGCCUAAACCAGUCAAGACCCCAGUGACCAAGAAAGUCACCAAAAAGAAGCAAUCUUAA